AUGGGGGCCUUGGAGAUGCAGUGUCUGAAGAGUCAUAUAAAUAACGACCACAUUCAUGGAGAGAAGAAGGAGUUUGUGUGCCGGUGGCUCGAUUGCUCGAGAGAGCAGAAGCCCUUCAAAGCGCAGUACAUGCUGGUGGUGCACAUGAGACGACACACGGGCGAGAAGCCUCACAAAUGCACUUUUGAAGGUUGCACAAAGGCCUACUCGAGACUAGAAAACUUGAAAACGCACUUGAGAUCUCACACUGGAGAGAAACCGUACGUCUGUGAGCACGAAGGUUGCAAUAAAGCUUUCUCAAACGCCUCCGAUCGUGCCAAGCACCAAAACAGAACACAUUCCAAUGAGAAACCAUAUGUGUGCAAAAUCCCAGGCUGCACCAAGCGUUACACAGACCCGAGCUCCCUCCGGAAACACGUGAAGACGGUGCAUGGCCCAGAGGCUCACGUCACCAAGAAGCAGCGUGGGGACAUCCAUCCUCGGCCCCCACCCCCUCGAGAUUCGGGCAGCCACUCACAGUCCAGGUCCCCCGGCCGGCCGACUCAGGGAGCCCUCGGUGAGCAGAAGGACCUCAGCAACACUACCUCAAAGCGGGAAGAAUGCCUCCAGGUGAAAACAGUCAAGGCUGAGAAGCCCAUGACAUCUCAGCCAAGCCCUGGUGGUCAGUCUUCAUGCAGCAGCCAACAAUCCCCCAUCAACAACUAUCCCAACAGUGGGCUCGAGCUUCCUCUGACCGAUGGAGGUAGCAUAGGAGACCUCAGUGCCAUCGAUGAAACCCCGAUUAUGGACUCAACCAUUUCCACUGCAACCACAGCUCUCGCCUUGCAAGCUAGGAGAAACCCAGCAGGGACCAAAUGGAUGGAGCACGUGAAAUUAGAAAGGCUAAAACAAGUAAAUGGAAUGCUCCCACGACUGAACCCUGUUCUACCCCCCAAAGCCCCUGCAGUCUCUCCUCUCAUAGGAAAUGGCACACAGUCCGGUAGCAGCUGCAGUCUGGCCGGGCCGGGGACGCUCCUCCCGAGCAGAAGCGACCUCUUGGGCGUGGACCUCACCGUGCUGAACCUGCUGGGCAGGAGGGACAGCAGCACCAGCAGCAUCAGCUCGGCCUACCUGAGCAGCCGCCGCUCGUCGGGCAUCUCGCCCUGCUUCUCCAGCCGCAGGUCCAGCGAGGCCUCUCAGGCUGAGGGCCGGCCGCAGAACGUGAGCGUGGCCGACUCCUACGACCCCAUCUCCACCGACGCCUCCCGCAGGUCCAGCGAGGCCAGCCAGGGCGACGGCCUGCCCGGCCUGCUGAGCCUAACACCCGCGCAGCAGUACCGCCUCAAGCACGGCUACGGCCGGCGCCCCCUGCUGCCCUCCGACGCGCUGGGGGGCGGCGUGCGCAGGGCGAGCGACCCCGUGCGCACAGGCCCGGAGCUGCCCUCUGUGCCCCGGGCGCAGCGCUUCAGCAGCCUCAGCCCUCCGGUGUUGCCUCCAUCCGCAGACAAGCGGAACCUGGUGCUGCAGAACUACACGCGGCCCCCCGAGGGCGGCCAGUCCCGUCACUUCCACGCGUCCCCCUGCCCCCCCAGCAUCACCGAGAAUGUCACCCUGGAGUCCCUGUCCAUGGGCGCCGAUGCCAGCUUGAGCGAUGAGGAUUUCUUGCCAGAUGACGUGGUGCAGUAUCUAAACUCCCAGAACCAAGCAGCGUAUGAGCAGCACUUCCAGAGCACCAUCGCCGACGACAGUAAAGUGGCCCACGGGCCCGGGGACUUUGGCCCUCCCGGGCUUCCGGCCAGCCACGCCAGCCAGCAGUACCGUGCCCUCGAGCAGCCCUCCGCCGACGGCGGCAAGCCUGACCUGCCCAUUCAGUGGAACGAAGUCAGCUCCGGAAGCGCCGAGCUGUCCUCUGCCAAGCUGAAGUGUGGCCCUCGCUCCAGCACGCAGCAGGCCCGGGCCUUCGGUCCCUACGGCGGCGUGGUCCACCUGCAGCACCCGCUGCGGAGCGGCGCCGGCCCUGCGGGGGGAUACCAGCCCCUUGGGGAAAACGACAGCUCCUACGGUGGUCCCGAGCCCUUGGUGACCCACAGCGGCAGCGCAGCUGGCACCAGUGGAAAUGCCUUCCACGAGCAGCCCUACAAGGCCCUGCAGUAUGAGAACUGUCUCAGCAGGCAGCUGCCGGCCCCCGGCGCUCUGGGUGGUACCUGCGCAGCCAGCAUUCAAGGAUCAAAGCUGAAGAGCGCCGCUGUGCACGGGAGUGGGGGCCCGCUGGAUUUUGGCCUGGCAGCGGCCCCAACCGAGUCAGCUGGCAGCGCAGUGAACGGCGUGCAGACCCAAGACCUGGCGGGACAGGGCUACCUCGCUCUCCAGCUGCUCGGCGGUAGCCAGCAGCAGCAGGGGCUGGGCCGGCCCGGGCAGCAGGUGCCAGGCCAGGUCAGCACCGUCCCGCAUGGAGGUGUCUACCCGGGGCCACAGAGCUGCCUGCCGGGGGCUCAGGGCAGCCAGCUGUCAAACCUGGCAGCUGUCAGGGGCUACCAGCCGUGUGCCAGCUUUGGGGGCGGCAGGCGCCAGGGUGUGGCGAGGGGACAGCUCAGUGACACAAGUGAGACCUGCAGGGUGAAUGGCAUCAAGCUGGAGAUGCAAGGGCAGACCUCGCAGCUCUGUUCCAAUGUGCAGAACUACUCUGGUCAGUUCUAUGACCAGACCAUGGGCUUCAGUCAGCAAGACACGAAAAUGGGGUCAUUCUCCAUUUCAGAAGCCAGCUGCCUGCUGCAGGGGACCAGCGCCGAAAACUCUGAGUUACUUUCCCCAGGUGCUAACCAGGUGACGAGCACGGUGGAUGGCCUCGACAGCCAUGACCUGGAAGGGGUGCAGAUCGAUUUCGAUGCCAUCAUCGACGACGGGGACCACGCCAGCCUGGUGUCAGGGGCCCUGAGCCCCAGCAUCAUUCAGAACUUUUCCCACAGCUCCUCCCGCCUCACCACCCCGCGCGUGGCCCUCCCGUUCCCCGCACUGUCCCUGAACACCACCAACAUGGCCAUCGGGGACAUGAGUUCUUUGCUAACCUCCCUGGCGGAAGAAAGCAAAUUCCUUGCAGUUAUGCAGUAAGCAUUAGGGAAAAGGACCGUAAACAAACGUAAGACUAUAGGAGUUGAAAAGAAGAAACUGUUUUGGGCUGGUUUGUUUUUUUUAGUUCUGUAUGUAUUUUAGCAAUCUCAUCUCACCUGACUGGGAUGUGUUUCAAGUAUAUUCCUUUUAUGGAAAAGGACUCUGAAAAACCCUAAAGUAUUCUAGGGAGAAACUGUCUUACAUUUCAGUUUUGAGUCAGUAUUGUUACACUCGAACCACCCUCUUUUUUACUUUAAACUGUAAGCCUGCCCCGUUUUUUAGUAAACCAGUGUCAGUGUGUGACGUGCUGCACGCUCUUCUUCCUUUUCGAAGAGCAGGCAAAUGAGAAGAUUUGACUCGUUUCUCUGUUACUCAAGGGAAGCAGGAGUUGGUGUGCUUGUGACCAAGGGGUUACACUUCCAGCUUUUUAAUUUUCUUUUACAUAUGCUCAGUGUUUCGUUUUUGUGUUUUGUGUGUUGGGUUUUGUUUUGUUUUGUUUUUCUUUUGAUUCCCACAUUGGGCACAAGAAUCAGAAUUCGGAUAGUGAGUUUUAGAAUCCUUUGUGGGCGCAAUGUCAAGAUUUGUGACAUGUUCCCCACCCCUAAUUCAGUUCAGGGCAGACUUUCGACAGUUGCACAGGAGUGGGAACUUGGGGCUCUUGCAAAUGAGGUCAUUUGUUCACAGUGUGGGAUUCACACCUUUUGUGUCAGUACGUGUGCUUUUGGGUGGGUGUGUCGAUGUGGUCAGUCCUCAGUUACCCCCUUUUGCCUCUUCUCCCUCUGCUUCCCUCGGCAGCCACUGUUUAGUGCUGCGGUGAGAGGGAGGGGACAGGCCGCUGUGGCACUCAGACACAUUGCUGCUUUUCUGUUCUGGGAAGAGUUAGAUUGUAGAUUGAAGCAACUCAGUAGAAUUAGUUUGGGGAAUAUUUGUGGGAUUGCUAUAUUUGUUGAUUAGUUCCAUCUCUUUCCCCGUUAUCAUAGAUAACUAAGAAUUGAUUAUGUAUAGCUCUAAGUAUAUAGGUAUUUAAAAAACCCCACAAACAGCUAUAUCAUUAACAUUUAUUAAUCCCACUAUAGUGAAGGAGUAUUUCUAUUCUAGACACCCUAUUUUAAGGGAUUUAUAAAACUUAGUUGUAAAAGAAAAAGCUCACAUAAAUUGAUGUUGGGAGUAAACUACUUCAACCGUUUUUAGUAUUCGAGAGCACUGGGGAAGAUAUUUAGUAGCUGUGCAGAUGCCUUUCCACACCCUGUCUAUUUAAUGCUGCAUCCAUUUAAGAAGUUCAAUGUUAUAUGCAGUCAGUCCUUCAUGUGGACUAGUAUCAAUACUUUUGUUUUGGAUUAAAACAUUUAAGGAUUUAUAAGUGCAGCUAUUCCCCAUGUGCAGUUGAUACACAUAAAAGUCAUACUAUGUGUGCACAAAGAGUACAUGGAUUGUCCAGCAUAUUGCUUUUAAAAUAUGUAAACUAUUAAAAUAAAACUUAACACCUCAAAGAACCUGCUGUAUUCUGUCCUGUUGACCCCUGGAGGUGGAUUUACCCAAAGUGAUUCAUAAUUCAAUUGUGUGGCUUUUUCCCUGACAUUUAAAUUAGUAGUAGAAGGAUAAAAUUAAGUGUUACAUAAUGGAAAGACUGUUAGGACCAGCCCAUUUUUCUCAUGUUUAUUUUAUCUCAUUUGGACCGAGAAUCUCAGCACAGAGGUAAAUUUGCCAUUUGGGAUUUUGUGUGUAAGACUGUUGGGUUUGCUUUCAGACAGACGUUCCUGAGACCAGCAGAGGAUGCUGCAGUCCCUUGUGCACUCCCUGCCACCCUCCCCACAUAUCCCCUUCCUGUAAAUCAAAGGAUACGCCCCUUCUGGAGCAGCUCAAAAGCAGCCAAGAAACUACUGAUGUGAGCUUAGGAGAGUGGUCUCUUAUUACUUUUCAGCUGAAAAAGCAAGGCUUUUCCUAGGUUCCUCAAACAGGUCACGAUCUGGUCACAAAAUCAGUGAUCCAUUCCCUGAAUCUCAUUUUUCCAGGAAUCUCCAAAUCUCCAGAUCCUGGUCUUAGCUCACAAGCUCUUAUGGUUUUGCCCAAUCCCUUUCCUAGUCUUGGUUUCAAAGCCUGGGCUCUUGUGUUCUCCACUCCUGAUUCGGGAGUGUGGGUCCCUGGCAUCAAGCUGACCUUCUCCAUCGGAGUUUUUUCCUGAAGUGUUUUGGGUAUGACCUGCACUUCUCAAUGGCCAUAAUUUCCCAUAAUGAUUUUGCCCUUCCUGGAAGGACGGACAGCGAUCAGGACGAGCGUCGUCAUCUUGUGCAGCUGCCGCUUCCUUUGGUUUCCAGUUAUUCUCUAGGCCUCCCCCUUUCUUUACUUUUUCUUUUCAUAUUUUUUUCUUUUUAUAUUUUGCUACUGCUUUUUGAUUUGCCAGAGACAUGUUUUCAGCUCAAUAUUUGGCUUCUCUCAAUAGGGAAAUUUCAGAAGGGCAGAGGAUAGGAGGGAAGAGGAAAGUGUACUUUUCCAGAAUUUUGGUGAUCUAUUGUGACAGUCUGGUGGAAGGAGGUCUUUCGAGGUCACUUAGAAGUAUCCUGUCAGGGUACAGGUUCUCUGCAGACUCACAGUGGGACCCACCCCCAGCCUCCACCCUUCUCUCCAUUUCUCUAACCUAUGCAUUUAGAAAGAGUGCUGCCUCCUGGUGUCACUGUCCUACUUUUUAUAAAAUUGCAGGGUCAUAGAUGGUACUCCUGUUUAACAUCUGUGUUAAACUUGUUUUUAUUUUCCAAGCCAUUUUUGUUUUAUUUUUCUAAAGAACUAAGCUACCACCUGCUUCUCACACACUGGCUCGUCCUCUUGAGCCACAAAGUUUUGAUUCUUGCGAUGUAUGUGCCUUAUUUUAUGUUAAUCUUGUCAGUGAGAGGGACCAGUUGUUGUGGCCGGGUCAGCGGUGAGCUCCCCGGCCCAGGGCACAGGACCGUAGCAGAGGCCGAGCUGUCUCGUGACCUGGCUUCCUGUGUUGUGAGCUGAUAGGAGGCUGUUCUCAUCUGACAAGCUACCUUUGGGUAUCCUGCCAACGUGUAAGAAAAACGACAAGUUCAUUUCUUUCACCUUUUUUAGAUUUUUUAAAAAUGAAAUGUGUAAUCCUUUUUUUAAAAGAAACACGUGUAAAUACAUUUAAGUAUGGUAGGUGUAGUGUUCCGACGUGACCGGCCGGGCCCCCUGGGCCGCAGCCCGCCGCGGGCGACCUCUGCCUUUGCUUUACAGAACCACUUAGUCCUUUUGUAACAAAGAAAACUGUUUCUUACCAAGUCAAUAAAAAACUCUUUGUACUGAA